AUGCGGAUGGAGGAGGUGGUCGCGGCCGACAUGCCGGGCAAGCGUGUGCUGACCGUCAUACACAGGUCGACGCUGGACCGGGCCCUGCAGGCCGCCCCGCCCGACGCCGCCGCGUGGGCCGCGCGCGCACAGGCGGAGAAGCGGAUGUACGUCGUCCCAAAGGGAUCCAACGACGACUGGUACUUCCUCUAUGCGGCGUUCGUCGCGCGGGGGGACGGCCUGUUGGUGACGAACGACCAGCUGCGGGACCACGUCUGGGCCAUGCUGCGGCCGAAGCACGUGCUCAAGUGGCGGGAGCGCCACAUUGCGCGCUACAGCAUCCCCAUGAGCCCUCCCGCGGCGCGGUGA